AUGGCUUCAAAAUCAAUUUUUUCCUUCGUCAUUUGUCUAGUGUUUCUGUUUUUGUUUCUUAUGAAUGAACCUCAUGGUUUGUGUUUUUCUACUAAGAAGAUUCUAAACAGAAAGGUUUUGUUUAAAAAGAGAAGAAAUUUGAGAGCUUUAUUAGAAGGGUCAUCAAAUGGUUAUAAGUAUGGUGAGAAAAGACUGAGUUGGGAUGAGUUGAGGAAAGUUCCUUCAGGGCCAGACCCUUUGCAUCAUAAUGGUGGCACUCCAAAGCCUGAGACACCUUAA